AUGGUUAAGAAGCUUAGCUUGCGCACCAUCAAGCAUCCUAGACCAUGUAAGCUGCAAUGGCUGAAUGAAUGUGGGGAAAUUAAGGUGAACAAGCAAAUGAUGUUUGCUAUUUCUAUUGGAAGGUAUAAGGAUGAGGUGUUGUGUGAUGUGGUACCAAUGCAUGCUGGAUAUAUUUUGCUAGGGAGACGAAGGCAAUAUCAUAGGAAGGUAGUGCAUGAUGGCUUUAAGAAUAGGUACUCCCUUGAUCAUUAUGGCCGAAGGGUUACUUUAGCAGCAUUAUCACUUGCACAAGCUUUUGAAGAUCCAUUAAGGAUAAAACAGACCAUGAAUGAGCAACAACAAAGAGAGGCCAAGCUAAGAGGAGCUUACACCAAUGUUUCUAUCCUUGACCCUUCAAUUCCUAGUUGUGCUUUGCCCUUAUUGCAAGAGUUUGAGGAUGUCUUCCCUAAAGAAAUACCUAGUGGGCUACCUGUUAGUAGUAUGCCCUAG